AACUCCGUAGUGCCCAUUAUUGUGUAUUAAAGUUGAGUGUUUUUAUUUAUUUUGAACAGGAAAUCCUUGAAAAGUAUGGCGUAAAUCAAUUAUUCCACGUAUUUUCGCUGAAUCCAAAGUAUAUUAUCCAUCAUUGAGUGUCCUGUGUGGCCAGGAUGUCGAGAUCGAGCUCCGUGGAGGAUAUUCCUGAGCAGUGUAAAGACCUGUUCACCCAAGAUGGAGUACUCCUCAAAGCCUGCCUGGGCCGACCGGUCACUGACCUCAACUCCAUCGGUAUGCUCUGCAUCGUGCAAAACCAGGACAACACCAAGUGCAUAGAGUGGAGACCGAAUGACCUGAUCACCAUAGACUCUGAUACACAGGAUCAAGAAUGGGCAGUCGUCAACACUAUUGGUAUUACCAUGUCUUAUGCUAAAGGUCGUCGCCAGCGAACUCUAAGCGGCAACAUAACAUCAGACUACGCGACAGCACGAGCUCGCAUCAUCAAAAUACCUAUAGACGAGCUUAAAACCUUCAGGGUCACCAGAAACAACCAGCAAAUGCAGUUCUCAACCAAACCAGGAGUCUGGCAAACCACCUUCUACUUUCAACACGGGAACGCGGAAAUUUUCGUCGCAUACCUAAAGAAUCAUGUCAAAACAGCCAAAACUCGUCAUGAUAGAAAUACAUACGUUGUCGUAGAACCUAAUAUAGAAACACAAGUAUUGAAUAAGUCGUUUGCUGAGCUGGAUAUUUUCACGGAGAAUACGACAGAUGUGGUCUGGAACUUGGUGUCCAAUUUCAAACAGAGACCCUAUGAGACUACUAUGGAAGCGUUUUCGAAACUCACUGAUAUUGUAUAUUACGGCAAUGAAGGUAUGAAUGGCAAACGCGAUGUUUCCGAAGAAGUAGCUGACUUGUUAACAAAGAGUAUGAGCGCCAUGGAAGAGGCUACCACAGUCGCCAAGAAUGAUGAGUACGAAGUCAUCAGUGUUAAACCUACGCUGCCACAGAGGCCUUAUAUACCUAGAGGUACACCCCUAUCGACAGAGAAAUGGGAAGGCUUGCAGGAUACAGAGGGGAGAGUCACAGAAGUUGAAGGGGUCAAACAACUUAUAUUUAGAGGGGGCGUAGCACACUCAAUAAGGCAGUCAGUAUGGAAGUACCUGCUGGACUACUACCCCUGGCACAUGACUCACGCAGAACUAAGAGCUCUCACUAAGAAGAGAACAGAAGAGUACUUCUCUAUGAAACUGCAGUGGAGGUCCAUGACUGAGGGACAGGAGGCCAGGUUUUCAGAAUACCGCGACAGAAAGAGCCUAGUAGAAAAAGACGUAAACCGCACAGACAGGACACACCCAUUCUUCGCUGGCGACAACAAUCCCAACUUAGUAGUUCUACAAGAUAUACUCAUGACAUAUGUCAUGUAUAACUUCGAUCUCGGUUAUGUACAAGGCAUGUCCGAUAUAUUGGCACCUCUUUUGUUGCUGCUGGGCAAUGAAGUCGACAGUUUUUGGUGUUUUGUCGGGUUCAUGGAUAAAAUUGCCACAAACUUCGACAUGGACCAGGCGGGCAUGAAGCACCAGCUGCUGCAGUUACAACAGCUGCUGACGUUCGCGUCGCCCGAGCUGGCGAGCCACCUGGCGGCGAAGGACUCCGGCAACAUGUACUUCUGCUUCCGCUGGCUGCUCGUCUGGUUCAAGAGGGAGUUCUCGCAUAGGGAUAUUAUGAGGCUAUGGGAAGUAUUAUGGACGUCAUUGCCAUGCGCAAACUUCCACCUAUUGAUUUGUGUUGCCAUACUCGACGCAGAAAAGGAUAUUCUCAUCAGUAAAGAUUAUGGAUUUACUGAAAUAUUGAAACACGUGAACGACCUAUCAAUGUGCCUAGACGUGGACAAAAUACUAAGCACGGCCGAAGGAAUAUACCACCAAGUUGUAUCAGCCCCCCACUUAACAGACCAGAUCCGAAUCAUCCUGGGACUUCCGACCCUCAACAUAUCGACUUCCACCCACUCCGAGAGUGACGAGCCGACGACUUCGAAAGUCGAAGCUAAUGGUACGGUGAAAGGAAGCGUGUUUGCCCAGGAUUUGGACGAAGUUAUGUAUCAGAUAGGCUUAGACAUGAAUUUUUAGGCACGGCGGAUACACUCGAAUAUAAUGGAUUACAAAUAUGUAUAGUUACGAAAACUGUUUGGGCCUUGCUCGCCUAGUGAACGAAUGUACAUAAGAGUCGUCAGUCUGGAAGAGUGAUAUUUUUUAUAUUUUUAUAAAUACACGCUUUAAUACUUGUGUCGUUUUGACUCCUGUUUCGAAGUUAGCAAUAUAUGCAACAGAUUUGCGGUUCUCUGUGAGGUUUAUUGCCUAAAGGUAGAAUAUUGACACUAGAAUUUGUUGUUGAUUUUGAUUUUGUAUAGGAUGGCUGGUAAUUAAUGACCGAUAAUUCCCUUUGUAUGCCGGUGCGCAGAUCCAUGCGAGACAUAAUGGAUUUUCUAUUGUUCUCUAAUUAGCGGCAUUCAAGAGUUUAAACACAUGAUUCUACUCAUGAUUACAUACAACUUUCCCAAAGCAAACCAAAUUCUGUUUAGUUAUUGUGAUGAAACUAAUGAGUAUAAAAAGUCGUGGUGGCCUAGUGGGUAAAGAACCAACCUUUCGAGUAUGAGGGUGUGGGUUCGAUUCCAGGGUCAGGCAAGUACCAAUGCAACUUUUCUAAGUUUGUAUGUACUUUCUAAGUAUACUUAGACACCAAUGGCUGAUAAAAAGGUGAAGGAAAACAUCUUGAGGAAACCUGGACUAUAAAGUCUGAAGUCACCAACCCGCAUAGAGCAAGCGUGGUGAUUAAUGCUCAAUCCUUCUCCGUGUGAGAGGAGGCCUGUGCCCAGCAGUGGGACGAUAAAAAGGCUGUAACAGUAAUGAGUAUAAAAAAAAGUUUCUUUGGGAAAGCUAAUUGUAAUCAUCAAUGGAGGCACGUGUUCAAGUAAUGAUUUACCAGUCAUAUAUAACGCACGGUUCAAAUGCCUUGAAAAGCAACAGUAGACGACGAAUACCAGUUAAAGUAUUAGCCCACCAAAAUUAUUGUAUUGUAUAUGUAUACAAAAGAUUGGGUAGACGUGCCAUGUGCUCCGGUGUUUAUAAGGUUCCUACAAUAUGUAAAUAGUUAAUAUUAGGAGUAGUCCAUUGAUCCUUACAGCCAUAGAUUAAAAGAGAUAUAGACAUGACAGACCUUAUUAAGCAAUUAAAAUAUAUAUAUACCAGUUUUGUUGUUACUGCAUAUAAAUUCACAAAAUAAAUCAUAUUUUACAGAUCAAUUCACUAAAGGUAAUCUUGAUAAGACAGUUUACACAAAUACAUACUAAACAAAUAAUAGUUGGCUUAAAAUAAAUCAUCAUAUUCGGCUUCCAGUCUAACCAGAUGCAGCUGAGUACCAGUGUUUUAUAGGGAGCGACUGCCUAUCUGACCUCCUCAACUCAGUUACCUGGGCAACCCAAUACCCCUUCGUAAAACUGGCGUCAGACUUACAGGCUACUGAUUGCCAAGGAUGUUCAAUGAUUUAACUUAAAAAUCAUAUAAUGUAUGUUUAUAUCGUGAAUAGAACUUUAUCAUCAGUGGCAAUGAAACUGGGGCCCGAUUCUCCUAAUUUUACUUAAGCAACAUACGAUUUACGUUCGACUCGAUUCGACUGAGAUCCGAUCCCGACUCGAUUACGAUUGAAGCGUAUGUGGCAUUCCGCUAUUUUUUCUUUGAAAUAAACGUUUUUAUCCUUUUCUGUCAUUCAAUAAUGUAUCAUUUUGUCUGCAAAUGAUUUACGAUUGCAAAAUGAUUGUAGAGCAUAUUGGUGAGAGCUUCUUCCCACCCCAGAGAGUAACACACAAUAGAAUCCACAAUGAUAUUUAUUUAGGAGAAAAUUAUAAAUACAUUUUCAUGAAAGCACAAUGACAUGACACAAAACAGACAACCCAUUUUUAUAUUAUUCUUUUUAAGUACUCCAAAUUCAAAAUUGGUUAAUAGGCCAGUAGGCCGACAAGUAGUAAGAAUUGAAACUUUAACAGAGCAAACUAUCGUAUAAACCAUAAUUACCAAAAUAGCAGACCAAUCGCACACCAAUCAAAUGUUAAUCGAAUACGAUUGGUCUUUUAUUAGUAGCAGAAUGCCCGAUAUGGUUAAAACUGCUAUUGCGAUCAUAUUGCGAUUCGAUUUCUAUUAGAUUUUGACAGUAUUAACUUAGGAGAAUCGGGCCCCAGGUCUAUAAAAUUACUUGUCUAUAAAAAAGCUUGCUCAUAAUCCAAUAAUGCCUUACUUGGUGCUUAGAAUAAAGUCAAUGAACAGGAGUCAGAAUAACACUGAUUGUUGUUAAACUAUUGUCAUUAUCAAUCCUUUUAUAUUUCUCUUGAAAAUUAUAUUUUAUUUCAAAGCUAAAAUUUUAUUAAAUACAUAGGUUAGGGUAAGUGCCUAAGUUCGCCAUUUUGUUUCAAAUAAUUAUUGAUUGAUCAUGAUCACUUUAAUUGUAAUUAUCCCACGUUUAAGGUAAAAAUUAUACCUAUUCAUAAUUUAAUUUUUAUUAAAGUUUCUGUACCUGCACA